UGCCGGCGUCCGCCUCAGGUCGCGCUAAGUCCGUUGUAUCCAGGCAAAGAAACAUCGCUGUGGUUCCAGGCUCCUCGGGAAGGCCGCGUGCAGCUACUAGCUAAUCAAACUCUAAGAAAAAAUGGCAGAAACCCAGACACUUAAUUUUGGACCUGAAUGGCUCCGUGCCCUGUCUGGAGGGGGUGGCGGCAGUGGUGGUGGAAGCAGCAAUGCCGUUACAUCUCCCCCACUCUCACCUGCAUUGCCAAAGUAUAAACUUGCAGACUAUCGCUAUGGGAGAGAAGAAAUGUUAGCACUUUAUGUAAAGGACAACAAGAUCCCUAUAGACCUACAUGAUAAGGAGUUUCUACCCAUAUUGCAAGAAGAACCCUUGCCACCUUUGGCACUUGUCUCUUUUACAGAGGAAGAACAGAGAAAUUUUUCCAUGUCCGUAAACAGUGCGGCUGUACUCCGGCUGACAGGGCGAGGAGGUGGGCCAGUAGCUGGCGUACCCAGAGGCCGAAGUACGUCUAGAGGUAGAGGGCGGGGAAGAGGUGAUGGAGGGUUUUACCAAAGAAGUUUUGAUGAUGUGGAAGGUUUUGGUCGUGGAGGGAGGGAAAUUCAUCGCUCUCAAAGCUGGGAGGAAAGUGAUGACUUUUUUUCCAUCAGGGGAGAUAGAAGAUUUGAAAAGCCAGUUCGAAAAGACCCAGAAGCUGCUCCUGGUCAUUUUCAGAUCAAUCACACCAGAGGAGGCACCUACGAGGACGGUGGGACAGGCCUACCCAGGAAGCAUGAGUUCACGCGGUCAGAGAGUGAGAACUGGCGUACUUCCCGUGACGAUCAGAACGGUGAGGAUGAUGAGGGGGGCUGGCACCUGGCAGGUUCUCGUCGGGACAAUGACCGGUGGUGCCCCCCAAGCCCAGAUGGGCCUCGGUCAGCAGGGUGGCGGGAACAGCCGGACCAACGUCGGCGCUUCCCGUUUGACGCAAGAGAAGAGGAGCGUGGCUACAGGAGGUCAGGUAGUGGCAGCCUGGAGGAUGAGCGAGACAGCUUACCAGAGUGGUGUCUGGAGGAUGCCGAUGAAGAAGCAGGAACGUUUGACUCUUCAGGAGCUUUUCUUUCUCUAAAGAAAGCGUCAAAGGAACCUAUCCCAGAAGAAGCAGAGCUUGAUUUCAGACCCUUGGAAGAGUGUGACGAGGGUCUGGAGGAGGAAGAUAUUUUACACAGGGAGGCCAAAGAGACAGAAAAAGAGGCCAAAAGAGAACCUGAUCGAAAAGAUUUGGCUAGAGUGUCAGAAGAAGGUCCGUCUGUUGUUCCAGCCAUGGCUUCAACAGUCUCAGAGUCCCAGCCGGCUCCUCAGAAUUUGUCUCCAAACCAGCCCAGCAGAACAGAGGAGACUGAAAGACCAGCUGAACGGCGUCCACCCCUGGAGCUCCCACCAGAGCCCUGCAAAGCACCGCUUCGUGUUCCAAAGUCUAGUAGCAUGCUGGAGUCACACUCCAUGACCCACAUUUCCACCACCUUAACAGAGGUUUCUGCUCCAUCAUCCACUGUUCAUCUAUCACAGCAAAAACCUGUAGAAGUCGCUAUGGCAAUAAACAAUCCUUUACCCUACACAUCAAAUAUACUAGCACCUAUAAGCAGACCCACCACGGUGACAAAUGACACUGAUGAAGAUGAGGGCCUCAAACACUUUGAGCAAGAGGCAGAAAAGAUGGUAGCAUACCUACAAGACAGUGGGGUAGAUGAUGACAGACUUGCAGCAAAGACUUCAGAGAAGCCGAAGCCUGCAGGCCUGCCUCUUACCCACGAAGCUGCUCUCAAGUGGUUUUACAAAGAUCCACAGGGGGAGAUACAGGGUCCAUUCAGUAAUCUCGAGAUGUCUGACUGGUUUCAAGCUGGUUACUUCACCGUGUCUCUGUUGGUCAAAAGAGGCUGUGAUGAAGUGUUCCAAGCGUUGGGAGAGAUGAUGAAGAUUUGGGGCAGGGUGCCCUUUACUCCAGGCCCAGCACCACCGCCGCUACAAGCUGAUGGUGACCAAGAGAGGUUAAAGAGGCAGCAGGAGCUCACUGCUCUCAACCUUUAUCAGCUGCAGCAGCUGCAAUAUCAAUACCUCCUCAGGCAGCAAUAUGCCCAGGCGUUGGCCCAGCAGAAAACUUUAGUUCUUAACUCGGCUCCUGUCCAACAACAGCAGCAGCACCAACAGCAGAUCAACAUGCUUCUGCAGCAAUACCAGGCUCUGAAGAUAAGUGCUUCUGAGAGUCUUCUACCUCCUGUUACCCGGUCCCUGUCAGUACCCGACUCGGGUUCUGUGUGGGAAAUGCAGAAUCCAUCGUCUCAGGCUAGCUGCACACCAAACCUCCAACAAGCUGCUACAAGCACAUGGGAAGGCAGCAGUGUGUGGGAUUUGCCUAUAGACUCAGUGGCACAAGCUCCAACUAUUGAGCAGAUGCAACAGUUUGAGAAGGCAAGGUCUGCAAAGAUGGAGCUGGAAAGACGGGAGGCAGAGGUAAGAGCGAAACGGGAGGAAGAAGAAAGAAAACGCUUGGAAGAGGCACUCAGGGCUCGACAGGAGGAGGAAAGGAAACGAUUGAAAGAAGAAGAGCUGGCUCGACAGAAACAGGAAGAAGCCCUGAGGCUACAAAGGGAACAAGAGGAGGCACAACGCAGGCAAAAAGAGGAGGAGGAGAGGAAAGCACAGGAGGAAGCUCUCCGAAGAUUGGAGGAAAGGCGGAGGGAAGAGGAGGAGAAAAAGAAACGGGAAGAGUUUCUUCGCCAACAGGAGGAGGAGCGUCGAAAGCAAGAAGAACUAGAAGUGUUGAGGAGACACGAGGAGGAGAAGAGGCGACUAGAGGAGGAGGCUGCUGCUGCUGCAGUUCUUGCACAGCAACAGGAGGAGCAAAAAAGAAGAGAGCAGGAGGCCCAAAGACAACAGGAGCUGCAGAGACAGAGACAGCAACAACAAGAGGCCCUCAGAAGACUGCAGCAACAGCAGCUGCAACAGCAGCAGCUUGCACAAAUGAAGCUUCCAUCGUCUUCUAAAUGGGGACAGCAGUCAGCCAAUCACAACCACACACAAAAUGCCUUGUCAUUGGCCGAGAUCCAGAAGCUAGAGGAGGAGAGAGAACGACAGGCACGGGAGGAGCGACGUCAGCACCAAGAGCUCCUAAAGCAGCAGCAACAGCAAGCGCUGCAACAAACUCAGCAGUCACAUGCCAAGCUCUCCAGUUGGGGUAACGUGUCCAAACAGCCCGUUAUUACGAAGUCUUUGCUGGAGAUUCAGAGGGAGGAGGCCCAGCAGAUGAAGCAACGGAAGGAUCCGACGCAUCAACAACAUCCAGCUGUCAGCCAACAGACCCGACCUCAAAAUAAAACUACAUCGCUGAGUAACUCAGUUUGGGGGUCUGUUAACACCAGCACUAACUGGGGCUCAGACUCCAGCAGUAUUUGGGGUGACACCCACAACUCAAACAUGGGCUUCUGGGACGAGGCCGUGAAGGAGGCGGUCCAACAACCCCCCCAGACCAAAAAAGGCAACACCCAGAAGAACAACAAAGGCAACGCCAACCUCAGUAACUCUUUAAGUGGGCGAACCAGUAAGAAGGUUGACGAGGAGGAAAAGCUGCUAAAGUUGUUCCAGGGUGUCAGUAAGAGCCAGCAGGACACAUUUAUGCAGUGGUGUGAGCAAACCCUGCACACGCUCAACACAGCCAACAAUCUGGAUGUUCCUACGUUUGCAUCCUUCCUGAAGGAAGUGGACUCUCCUUACGAAGUGCAUGACUACAUCAGGGCCUAUUUGGGGGACACUCCAGAAUCCCAGGACUUUGCCAAACAGUUCCUGGAACGUCGUGCCAAACAGAACGCUAACCAACUGAAGCAGGCGCUGCCGAACCAACAGCAAGCCAAGCAGCAGCAGCAACAAGAGUCCGUGUGGGGUGGAACGGGAUCUUCAGCAAUCUACCAGUCCAACCAUAUGAGCAGCAGCCAGCAGCAACGAUUUGAGAUGGUCACCUCAGGAAAGAAGAAAAAGAAGCAGAAGAUGGUUCGAGCAGACCCGAGCCUUUUAGGUUUUUCCGUGAAUGCAUCAUCUGAGAGAUUGAAUAUGGGAGAAAUCGAGACUUUGGAGGACUUUUAAGGGACUGCAGCCAAGCAAAUCCCAAUGACUAUAUCCAGUUUGAACAGCAGCUGUUUAACCCAAACCCCAGCCCUCUAGAGUUUCACCAAAUAUAUUUUUCCCCAUCAAUCAUCACUUCCAUUACAGUUGUAAACUGACCUGUAGCAGGAGCAACUGGUGAAUGAAGCAUCUUCCUGGCGAAAUCAGCAAAGUCUUCAGAGAUGUUGAUCCCUUUUGGCUUCAGCCGUUUGAUCUAGAAACACUUCCUGCAAAAACCCACUGAAACAGAUUUGGCCUCAAUUGUAUGUGGAUUUUAUUUUGAGUGUGGAUAUAUGGGUGGGAUAGCAUGGUAAAGGAUAAAGAAAUUAUAUUCAUUGCUUUUGUUUUAUUUAUUGAAAGUCCUCACUUCUCCUCCAUUACCCUACCCUCUCCUGUAUCUUUUUCAGCUGGUUGUUCGUGGAUAUUAACGGCAAAGUAGAGCCCAAGGAUUCGUGCCCACUUAUGUCCUGUUUUAAGGACAUGUUCAAAAGUUCCAACUAGUUAUCUAUUUCUUGUAAAAUACUAGGCUGUUAAAAGAAUAAACUUUCAAUUCUGCAUCUGUAUUAUAAUAUAUGAAAAGGAUCUGCUGGAGUCAUACUUUUUUAUUGCAGUAUGGAAUAAUAAAACAGUCUUAUGUGUGGGCUGUUCA